AUGAAAUUUUCGGGCUUGCAUCACUCGUUCUGCAGCAGGAAAGGUUCUAGUUCCUUUAACGAGGCACGGGAAGCUGGAUUUAGUGAGGAGAAAGGAACUCUAGGUGACAUAUGGGAAACUAUAUCACGCAGUGAUCUUGUAUUGCUGUUAAUUUCUGAUUCUGCACAGGCAGAUAAUUAUGAGAAAAUAUUUUCCCACUUGAAGCCAAACAGCAUACUUGGGCUGUCCCACGGUUUUCUUCUUGGGCACUUACAGUCAAUUGGACUUGAUUUUCCCAAAAACUUCAGUGUAAUUGCUGUGUGUCCAAAGGGGAUGGGCCCAUCUGUAAGGAGGCUGUAUGUACAAGGCAAGGAGAUAAAUGGUGCUGGAAUUAAUUCAAGUUUUGGAGUCCACCAGGAUGCGGAUGGCAGGGCUACUAAUGUUGCUUUGGGGUGGUCUGUUGAUAACAGAGUAUUGGUUCCUGGUGUUGUACCUACAGGUGUGGUUGGAGUAAUGGUGGAAGGUUGGUGA